AUGGCGCCCUCUGCGAUAGACGAGACGGUCAGCCGAAGGGACGCCUGGCAGAACCUUCCCCCGCCAAACGUCUACCCGGUCAAGGAAGCCAAGUUCGAGAAAUACCUACCGCCACAAAUAGACGGGAGGGAGCGGGCGCUGGCUCAGCCUGCGGGACAGGCGGCCAUCGUCAUCGACAAUGGCUCGUCUGCGGUGCGUGCAGGCUGGUCCUUCGAGACCAAGCCACGGCUCGCCAUACCGCCUAUCAUGGCCAAGUACCGCGAUCGCAAAGCGAACAGGACCUUCUCCUUCGCCGGCCAGGAUUGCUAUGCCGACACUACUGCACGAGGACACAUCCGUAACGCAUUUGAGGCUGGCACUGGCAUCGUGAGCAACUGGGACGUCAUGGAGCACGUCCUCGACCACGUCUUCAUCAAGCUCGGCAUGAACGGCGCAGAGGGAGGUAUUGACAUGCCCAUUGUCAUGACAGAGGCUGUCGCCAACCUCCCAUACUCGAGGAAGACCAUGAACGAGACCAUCUUCGAAUGCUAUGGCGCGCCGAGUGUCGUCUACGGCAUUGACUCGCUCUUCUCAUAUCGACACAACCAUGGCAAGACGGGCCUUGUCGUCUCUUCGUCCUACAGCGCAACACAUCUGAUACCAGUAUACGACUCCAAGGCCAUGCUGUCGCAGGCGAUAAGGCUGAACUGGGGUGGAUGGCACGCCGCCGAAUACCUCCUCAAGCUCAUCCGACUCAAAUACUACACGGGGUUUCCCGGUAAGCUCAAUUCCUCACAAGCCGAGCAAAUGGUUCGGGACUUCUGCUACGUGUCGUUGGAUUAUGAUCAAGAAGUCGCGCGCUACCUGGACUGGACCGGGCUAGAGGACAGGGAGCGCAUCGUCCAGUUCCCCUAUACAGAAGAAGUGGUUAUUCAAAAGACCGAAGAGGAACUGGCGCGGAUUGCGGAGCGGAAAAAGGAGAGCGGGCGGAGGCUGCAAGAGCAGGCCGCCAAGAUGCGCCUGGAGAGGCUUAUGAAGAAAGAGCAGGAACUCGAGUACUACAAAGACGUCCAGCGCCGGUUAGUGGAUCAAAACAAGAAGGAGACGAAGCGCAUACUGGAUGAAGCAGAGCUUAAGGACGAGGCGGCCUUGGAGCGAGUGAUUCGGGAACUCGAAAAGUCCAUCAAGCGCGCCCGUACAAAAGACCUCGGUGGCGAACAGGAGGAGGAACAAGAGGUCCCCGACUUCAGCCUCCUCGAUGUGCCAGACGACCAACUGGACGAAGCGGGCUUGAAGCAGAAGCGUCAGCAGCGUCUGCUCAAAUCGAACCACGAAGCCCGGGCGCGAGCCAAGGCCGAGAAGGAAGCUGAAAAGGCCAGGAUAGCAGAGGAAGCCCGCCUCGACGAAGAACGGCGGACCAACGACCUCGAAGGCUGGCUCGAAGGAAAGCGCCAGGCCCGCCUCGCCAAGCUCGCUCAAAUCAAGGACCGCGAGCGGCUCAAAGCCGACCUGGGCAACCGCAAAUCCCUCGCCAGCCAGAUCCGCAUGAAAAAUAUCGCCAAUCUCGCCUCCGACGCCCCGACUGGCGCCGCCGGAAGCCGCAAACGCCGUCGGGGAGGCGACGACGACGAUUUUGGCGCCGACGACGCCGACUGGGGCGUGUACCGCAGCGUCGCCAUUGGCGCCAAUAAGGGCGACAGCGAUGACGAAGAAGACGGCGAAGAAGACCUCGAAGCCGCGGUCCGCGCCCUCGAGGCCGACCUCCUGACCUACGACAAGGACUUCUCUUACAACGAGACCCUCGACGCCCAAAAGGAUUGGUCUAAGUCGCUGCUGCACGCCUUCCGCUACGGCCCGCGGCCUUUCGACCCGUCCUCGCCCGCCGAGACCCACCGCCUGCACCUCAACGUCGAGCGCAUCCGCGUGCCCGAGGUCCUAUUCCAGCCGACCGCCAUCGCGGGCAUCGACCAGGCCGGCAUCGUGGAGAUUGCGGGGGAUAUCCUCACGCAGCGACUGCCGUCAAUCCCGGGGCUGGAGAAGGCGGCCAGGGACGAGGUUUUGAGGGACGUCUUCCUCACGGGCGGGAAUACGCUCUUUGAGAACUUUGACGAGCGCCUCCGGCGUGGGCUGACGGCCCUGCUGCCUGCGGGCGCGCCGCUCGCUAUUCGCCGGGCGGGGGACGCCGUGCUGGAUGCGUGGAAGGGGGCCGCCGGGUGGGCGGGAACGGAGGAGGCGCGGCGGACGAGGGUCACGCGGGAGGAAUGGCUGGAGAAGGGCGGGGACUAUAUCAAGGAGCAUGAUUUUGGGAAUGCAUUUGCUUGA